GUCACCUCUUUAAUACGCUUGGUACACCUGUCAUGCAGUUGCUUCUUAUAUGAACUCAUGUGGGAGUUUAAGGAGUGGAAAAUGGCUUGGACCAGGCUGUAAGAAGUUCUCUUCUUAUCAUCUUCUGUCUACCUCAUUUUCUGUUAAUGAAGGAUGCCUGAGAAAGAUUGUGAUAAGGAGAGUUGUUCUGCUUCUGAAUUGCUGGAUUUCAAGAAUGCUGUGAACAAGUUUCAGAAACUAGUUGAAAAACUAGUAACCCAGAAGACAAAGGACAAAUUAGGCUUGCAUAUUAAAGAUGAUGAUGAGAUAGAUUAUGAAAAGUUCUAUGCAGCCACACAGGCACUUUUUGGUGCAGAAGUGAAGGAUUAUAAUGUUAAGACCUUUUUCUGGAAGCUCAGCAGCAACCCUGGUGUAAGGAUAGAAUGGUGUGAGAUUUUUGGCUGUUUCUUAGGAGAAAGUGAUGGCAUGUCUUCACAGCUGAAAGAAGAAAACAUGCUUUUUCUUCUAUCCAAAAACCAGCAGAUUAUUCAUACAGUUGUGAAGAGAGAUGAUGCGAUUAAGGGUAUAGUGAAAGUGCCCCAUCUGGAUUUCAUAGUAACAUCCUCUCAGAAAGGAGUGCUGACUGUUUUUAACAAGCAGAUGAAGGUUCUGGCAAACACCUCUAUCGAAGAUACUGCUUGGAUCACAGGGUGCGAUUUCCUCCCUCAACUGAAAUGUGUCGUGGCUGUAACUGAAAGGACAGUCAUUAUCUGGAACUAUAAAAGUCAGAAUAUUUGCUUUGUCAUCAAAUCAAUGGAAAAUUGCCUGCUCUGUGUUUGCACGGUGACUAUGUCAAAGCAAGUGGCUAAGGAUACUAUCCUAAUGGGAGAUGAUAAGGGUUAUGUUUAUUUGCUUACUGUGACCAGUGAUCACUUGGCAUUAAAAAAAUGUAAAGCCAAAAGAGAAUCACAGCUUCAGGUCUUGGACUCCAAAACUUUUCACAUUGUUAAACGCAAGCUACAUGACGACUGGGUUAUGAAAGUUAAGUAUAUUUUUGACCUAAAUUGUUUUGGGUCCUGCUCCUCAGACAGCAUUUGUUCAUUUGUUUUGGAUGAUGUAAAGCGACUAGAGGACAACUUACCUGUAAAGGAAUUUUCUGUCCCUAAAGGACAUGCCUUCACAUACUGUAGAAAAGCAAAACUCAUUGUCACUGGUGGUAACUCCAAUCAGCUGACGAAAUAUCUUCGUUUGUGGCAUCCUGCUGUUAAUAGUAAGCCUUCAGGGAAGCUAUCAGGGCACCUACAUAGUGUUGUGGAAAUUGAGACAAAUGAAAAAGAUCAACAUGUGAUCACCCUUUCCUCUGCAAGGAUUUUUAGAGUGUGGGACAUACAGACUCUGUCACUGCUGCAGGUCUUCCAUGAUACUCAAGUCAACCCUGAAGAGAUGGAGAACUCCGUCAUGUUAUUUGACAAUGAUCAUGGCAUGCUUAUCUCCAGUUCAGAUGUCAUUGAUAUUUACCCUACUCAUAUGAUACAAGAUACAAAAUACGUGCCAAGGACACAUAAGAAAAGCAUCAAUGUUUUAGUUUACAACUGGGUUUUUCACCAGAUUCUCACUAUCUGCUCUGAGUCAAUACUGAAGGUCUGGGACCUGGAAGCGGGAUAUCAAGUAUAUCAGGUGGAAGAUGCGCAUGGGCUGAAUACUGAAGUGACCUGUGCAGCCAUUGAAAUACAUGGUUUUUAUUUCGUUACUGGAGCAUGUGAUGGAACAGUGAAAAUCUGGGUGUUUGAAAGUGGCCAGGAAGUUAAAGCCUUGCCUUUGGCCCAGUGCAGCAAAGAUGAGUGUCACCUGCUGAAGAUAGUUUAUCUGAAGGCUGAUGAGAGUCAACAUGCACUUCUUGCUUUGGAACAGAGUGGGAAGAUGAAAAUCAUUCAGGGUAACUCAGCUGAAACAUACCUGUAUGUCACAUGGGUGCUUCCUGAGGCAGUAUCGUUUCCACCAAAGAAUCCAGUUGUGUCUCUGUUACUGAAGCCUGACACCUUACAAACACAUGAUUUUUUCCCGGAUAUUCAGCUUCUGUCUGACACCAGCUCUCCAAAGAAUGAUACAGAGAAUUUUGUACCUCCUGUGGAAAUCAAAUGUUUUGCUGUUUUAAAAGUAGAAGGAUGCAGUUUAAUAGCUACAGGAAGUGCAAAUGGUGCAAUAAUUCUGUGGGAUUUCGAAUCUGCCACUGUGAGAUGCCUGUGUGAAAUUAACGAAGACAGCCAGGCUUCAGUUCUUCAGGAAUCUGGAGUCAAUGCCAUGUUAUUCCUUGUACAUAGCGCUUUCUCUUCCAGGAAAUACAGUUCCCUGUCCUCUACUACUGCUACUGUGAGGAGUCAUAAUGAUGCCACUCCAGAUCACAAGAGCAGUUCUUUGAGCCUGCAAGAGGAAAAUGUAAAAAGUGAUGAAAUUAAUAUUGAAAAGACAACAGAAGACACAACUAGUUGCAAGAGUAUGCACUAUGUAUCCAAAGCUGAAGCAGGACACUCACCCAUAUUGGCUUCUGCUCAAGAAAAUGGCUGUAUCUGCCUAUGGAGUAUUCAGGGAAACUUGGUGAAAGAACUUUUGCCGUUUUCAAAACAUCCUUCAGUUCCUCUGACAGAACUAUGUACAGACAUCUCCACUAAAAUACUUUUAGCAGGCAGUAAGGAGGGACACAUUAUGCACUGGUGCAUUGCCUCAUUCUUAGAACAUCUGCAAAAAGAUAAAAAUCAAAUAAAGGAGGAGGCCUGCUGGAGGGCACACGCUACUGAAGUGGUUGACUUAUUUCAUGAAGAGGAGAAAAAUGUGGUAGUAACAGCAUCUAUUGACGGUUCAGUCAGGCUCUGGAAUGUGAUGAAUGGACACUAUCUUGGUUACUAUGGACAACCCAGGAAGUUUGAAUUAUCAGAUACUACUCGGUUGAUUUUGCCUUGUGAUGUUAAUACCUUUCCUAUUAUAAUUAAAGAAGAAAGCAAGUAUAUGGAAGAGGAGGAGUUUGAAUAUCCUCUCGUGCUGGACAGGGACAAGUGGAAGUCACUGACCAGACCACCUUCAGGUUUAAGAGGUCUUAAACAUAUGGACACAACUCAGGACUCAAAGUUUUUCAAAUCUCUAGCUUCUCCAAAGAUCUAUAAACAACCUGUGAAAUGUUUUGAGCCUGGAAACAGAUUGGCUGGUACAGUAUUUGGGUAUCUUCCUAUAUAUAAGCUUGAGAAGCCAGCUGAAGAGAUGCCACCAAGUGAGUAUUCCAGACACUUGCUUCUCCUGUUCAUUCUCACCUCAUUAGCUUUUUACUCAAACUCAACUCUUUUAGCCAGCCCCAAGAUUAAUUCUUAUUUGCACAAAGAUUUGGCUAUUGUAAGUUAAUACUAUUAGGUACUAUUGCUUUGAUUUAUUGCAAGCUGUCUAGCAAGGCUUCCUAGGUUUUUCCAUCUAUGGAGAAUGGCCAGAAUGUCCACAGGUGUUUAUCCCACCUGUCAUAGGAUGGAAAGAAUCACCCCUAGUAGGGACGAUGAUGUCUGUCUAUAGAGGGUACCUAGAAAACUAGCUUGGAUGAGACUCUAGCACGUAGAUGGCUAGUUAGGUGGGAUGAAUAGGGUACUCUGCACUCAAAUCUACAUGGCUUAAUGCUUGUGCAUGCAGCAUUACAGAGUAUCUCAUAAAACAGAAAACUUGGGAGCACGAUGUUCAAAUAGUUGGCACGUAUGCUAUCCUUCUGACCAUUAUUGUGCCUUGGAAGUCUGUUUCAUUUUCUUCCAGAAGAAGAAAAUAAAAUACAGGGGGUCUUGUGCCUUGGCAAAUUAGGAGCAACUACACUGAAGCCAAUGGUACUGCAAUGGAUUUACAAUGAAAUGAGAUCAGACUUUUUCUAUGAUCUGCAUGCACAAUAUAUAUUUUCUUUUGUCUGUGUUGUUACAAAACACUAUCAAUUGGUCUGUUCACAUGAAUUUAUUAUUUAGUUCUUGAAAUAUUGCAAUUUAUUUUUCAAGGUCUUCAAAAGAGAAAAGCUGAGACACCAAGCGCCACUGGAUAGACAAUGCAGACAGGUGGAGAACAGGGUCAAGACAAAUAAAUAUAGUGUCCAUCUUCAGGGCAAGUGGAUUAA